UUAUAAUCUUCAAUGUACAAGUUCGAAGAUUUAUGUAUAAAUACUUUUCCCUAUUUUGUUUUUUCAACAUUUGGCAUUUAACCAAAUAAUUAUCUACUAAAAAUGGAAAUUACAAAGUUAAGGGUAAGCACCAAAGCAAAAUCACAGAAAAAUUUAGGGUUUGAUGAGGAGUUAGAGCCAGUGAGUCCUACAACAGAAUACUUCCUAACAGAGGGAUUAACCAUUUACGCUCUUUGUUUCUUUGAAUUGGCGGUGUCUACUGAUUUUCCAUCUGUUUAUGCUUUCCUCAAUGAUGUCUUCAUUAAUGCUCAUCCUCGUUUCUCCUCCAUCCCGGUUGAAGACAAAAGGGGAAAGAAAAAGUGGAAAAAAGUAGAAGUGAAUAUCAAAGAUCUUGUUGUGACUCCAGUAUAUCCUGAAGGUUUAUCAAUAGAAGAUUAUAGUAAGCAUUUUGAUGAUUACAUAUCCAAAAUAUCUACAUCACAAAUUCCACAAGAUAAACCUUUGUGGCAACUUCACAUUUUCAACUACCCUACAAAGAAUGCCGCUGCAACUUUCAUAUUUAAGUUUCACCAUGCCAUUGCUGAUGGCACCUCGCUCAUGGGAGUCCUCUACUCUUGCUAUAAACAAGUAGACGAUCCUUCGAAACCUCUCACAUUCCCAUCUAGAACUACUCCAAGGGAGAAACAAAGUCAUUCUAUGAAGAAAGUUUUCAACAUUGUGCCUAAGUUUAUUGCUUCUAUCUUUUACACCUUCCUAUAUUUUGGACAAAGUAUUAAGUUAUCUUACUUGGAAGAUGAUCGGACUCCAAUCAGGUCAGGUAAUACAGAGAUGAAUCCAGAUUGUAGAAUUUGUACUGUCAACUUAUCUCUUACCGAUAUCAAAAGAAUCAAGAGUACUCUUGGAGUGACGGUAAAUGAUGUUGUCGUUGGGAUACUUUUUCUUGGAACUCGCUUAUAUAUGCAAGAAAUCAACAAUGGAUUGCUAAAGAACACACGAUCCACGGUAGUGAUAACUCUUAAUAUUAGGAGUGACAAAGGAUAUGCACGCGUAGAAGAAAUGUGGAAACACAAUGCCAAGGUACCAUGGGGAAAUAGAUUUUCAGGUAUCGAAAUACCAAUCACAAAUUUAGAGGAGAAUGAUAUUAAAAAUCCUCUAAAGUUUAUCUUGAAAGCUCACAAAAUUAUUAAGAAAAAGAGGAAUGCCCCUUUUGCUCAAAUUCUCUUAUUAUGGUGCCUUGGAGUUGUGAGGACAUGUGUAGGCCUUCAGGCAGCUGCAAAAACUUUUGAGCAAAGGUCGAAGAACUGUAGCUUUCUGAUGAGCAAUAUGAUUGGGCCAAUUGAGAAAAUGAGUUUUGCUGGUCAUCCUGUCGACGGUUUUUAUUUCAUGCCAACUGGCCUAAAAUCGAGUUUGACGGUUACUGUGAUGAGUUAUAUGCAAAUGUUGACAAUUGGCUUAGCUGUUGAGAAAGGCUUCAUCGAUCACCAAAAAUUAAUCACUUGCGUGGAGAAAGCCUUUCAAUUGAUUUUCGAUGCUGCCACAACUACCUCAUAAUUUGUUGCAAAAAAAAUAUAUGGUGUCGUUUUAUGUAUCGUAUUUGUUAAUAAAGUCUUAGAGUGACACCCAAAACAUAAUCUCGAAUUAUGUCUGCUUUUGUGUAUGUCGUCCCUCGAUUUUAAGAAAUAAAAUGAUGUUUUAUUCUUGUUUA